CGGAGUUACGCGCCACACAAGAGCCGCUCUCUCUGGUGCCCAGGAGCGAUGUGGCUCCAGCAGGGCUCCUGGCGGCUCAGUUCUCGUCCUCUGAAGCACCCACUCACCGGAUCGUUGCUUUCUGGGAUUCACCUUUGAGUCACUGGAUUAACGUGUUUGUUGGCAUAGUCCUGUGCUUCACCAUGCUCGGGCUGGGCUGCACGGUGGAGCUCAGUCAGCUGGGCGAGCACAUCCGCAAGCCCAUCGGAGUGCUGCUGGCGGCGGUGUGCCAGUUUGUGCUGAUGCCCCUCAUCGCCUUCCUUCUGGCUCUUGCCUUCUCGCUCAACGAUGUGGCCGCAAUGGCCGUGCUGUUGUGCGGCUGCUGCCCCGGAGGAAACCUCUCCAACAUAAUGACUCUGCUGGUCAACGGAGACAUGAACCUCAGCAUCAUCAUGACCAUCUCCUCCACUCUCCUGGCCCUUGUGCUCAUGCCGCUGUGUCUGUGGAUGUAUAGUCGCGCAUGGAUCAACACACCAGUGGUGGACCUUCUGCCCUUCGGCCCCAUCAUUCUGACCCUGUGCAGCACCCUCAUCCCCAUCGGCCUUGGCGUCUGGCUGAGACAGCGCUACAUUCACGUGGCAGAAGUCAUCAUCAAGGUGUCUCUGUGGUCUCUCCUGGUGACUCUGCUGAUGCUCUUCAUCAUGACUGGCACUAUGCUGGGCCCGGAGCUGCUGGCCACCAUCCCUGCCUCUGUGUACCUGGUGGCUGUGCUCAUGCCAAUGGCUGGCUACACUGCAGGAUACGGCCUUGCCACGCUCUUCGACCUCCCCCCUAACAGCCGCAGGACUGUCUCUUUAGAGACCGGAUGCCAGAACAUUCAGCUCUGCACUGCUAUCCUGAAAUUGGCGUUCCCCCCGCAGUUGAUGGGUGGCAUGUACAUGUUUCCUUUGCUGUACGCUCUCUUCCAGGCCGCAGAGGCUGGCAUCUUCAUCCUGGUUUACCGCAUGUACAGGAAAGAGGUUUUACACAAACAGGACCUCAUGGAAGACGAUGAUGACGACACGAAUGUAUCCUACAAGAGAAUGAAGGAAGAAGAUGUGCCGUUUGAUUCUACAUAUGGCGCGGUAAUAGUGAGCGAUCCGAAUGUCAUUGUGCUCGAGUCACAGGAUGGUGCUGGAAGUCCUACGCCUGUGUAAAAACACACACGUACAAAAAAACUACUGGACUACACUGGACCUGUGUAAUUGCAUAAGGAUUGAUCCAUUUCAUUAGUUUUCUAACUAAUCACUCGCAGAGUUUUAAUGAUAACGUGCCAAAAAUGAUUGCAAGACUGUGAAAAUGAAAACUAAUAUCUUGACAUCACUCAGAGGUGAUAGGAAAGUUAUUCAAGCCAAUGUUUUAAUGCUUUAAAUCUUCAUAUAAACAUGCUAAACAUUGCCAUUCAAUGGAAUUUUCUGAAAUUAGCAUAAAAUAUAUACAGUUUUCAAAAGCAAAUGCACAUGCUAGGACAAAUAUUAUAUGAAAGCUAUCAAUAUUAUUUGAAAAAAUGUGAGAUAUAUAAAUUUUUAUACAUUAUUCUCUAAUAUAAUGUACACAUUUAAAAGUAAAUGACAAGGUCAAUCAUAUUGGAGUAAUUCAAUACAUUUAGGCAUGUAUACUUGGUCAUGAUGAUCUACCAAAAUUGAAACUAAGCAUCAGAAUAGAAAAUAAUGGUGAUUUGGGUGUGUUUGAAUGAAUGUGAUAGUAAAGUUUACAGAGAAAGGUCCAAAAACAGAACAAAAUGUGGUGAGUUUGAAGUUCUAUGAGUGAUAAUCCAUUGUUGGCUCUGUAAUCAAGGAGAAUGAUCAGACUGGUUGAAGCAAACAGAAGGACAACAGCGUGUUUGACCAAUGUCUGUAAGGUAUUUGAAGCAGAUGAGCUACAGCAGCAGCAGCAGAAGAGCAGCACACCCUAGUCACAUAUCAGGAAUCUGAGGCUACAGUUCACACUGGCACGCUAAAAUUGGACAAUAGAAGACUGGAAAUAGUUUUAGUUUAGUCUAGUUAUGAUUUUUACUGUGGUAUUCAGAUAGUCUGUGCAAAAAAUUGGUAUAUGCAACAUGAAAGCAUGCAUUCAUACUGCCUUAUAUCAAUGAUUCAGGUGAUGUUGUAAUAGUGUGGGUGAUGCUUUGGUCCUGUUAGUACCAACUGUGCAUUGCUUUAUAACCACUGUAAACCGAUCUUGCUAAGGAUCCUUGUAGCAUCAUGGAUGUACAAAUCAUCAGCUGAGAAAUGUUUCCAGCAUCUUCUUGAAUCAAUACCACGAAGCCAGAAAGCAUUCUGAAAGCA